AUGCGAGGCCCAUUAGGCUUUAUGAGCAGCCUGAAAGCCUGGAAACAAAUUCCAGGUAUCGAAGAGUGUUUUAGCAUGGUUUUUAAGGAUCAUAAACUUUACUGUCUCAACUAUUAUAAACUCAAGAUCUUCGAUUUCUCUGGAGAUAUUCCGGUCAAAGUUUUCACAACUUGCGUUAGUGAGUGCUUAAAACCACGAGGAGGAGGAGGUGGUUUUAUGAGACUUCCUGGAUUUCCAGUGAAUGACCAGUUGAGUCACCGGAAGGAUAAUAUGGGUCCGAGUUUUUCCAAGAUCUGGAAAUUUAAAAUCGACAAGAUGGUAGGGAACAACAAGUGGGAGAAACUUGUUUCUUUGCGAGACGAGGCCAUUCUUUUGGAUUUGGGUAUCACAGUGCUCGCCAAGGACAUGCAAGGGAUCAAGGCCAAUUCCAUCUACUUCUCCAAUCCUACUCCUUAUUUUCAAGAUCAAUAUGACAAAAACGAAAUCUUCAUAUUCGACCUCGAUUCCAACACGGUUGAACAACCGCACCGAUGUGUUUCCUCUUCCUUUCCCCGCUCUAGAUCCCGAUGGUUCUUGCCAUGUUUCAAACGAGAAUGAUUCUUCAGUAACUUACAAGGAUUGAGAACCGAUGAUCAGGACGCUUUCCUAUGGCCUGAGAACCUGAAAAAUGUGUAA